AUGGACGUGUUUUUGAGACGUCUCAACACACUUCUUUCAAUCACAUUGCGUUGGGUGUGUGUGUUUGUGGGGCGGUUGACGCACGUUGAGGUGCAUUUGGAGUGCCUCGGUUCGUUCAUGGACGUUGUGAUUGGAGAAGGGGAAGAAAAAUGGGAUUGUGGUGGGCGUGUGCUUCGUGCGGGCACGUAUCUCACCCCAUUAUCUCUGCUCGUUCCUCCCUUCAUCCCCCAUACGCGCACGUUGAGAGCGCGUAUGGGGUGGGUCCGAGAGUUGGGGUACUGCACGGAGUGGAACCCCGCAAUGGAGAAGCUGGCAGGGCUGAAGCGCGAGGAGGUGAUGGGCAAGAUGCUCACCGGGGACGUCUUUGGCGCGCUGUGCCGCCUCAAGAGCAGCGACGCCAUGACCAAGCUCAUGAUCAUCCUCAACAACGCCAUGGACGGGAAUGAUACGGAGCGCUUCCCCUUCUCCUUCCUGGAUCGCCAGCGGUUCGUUCCCCUCCUCUUCCUCCGCUGCAACCCCAUUCGACUCCCACAGGGCAAGCUGGUGGAGGUGCUGCUGACGGCCCAGAAGCGCACGGACGCGGAGGGCGCCAUUCACGGGCGUCUUCUGCUUCCUCCACACCGCCUCCCCGGAGCUGCAGCAAGCGCUCACGGUGCAGAAGUGCCGCCUGAGAAGGUGGCAGAGGCGAAGGCGAAGGAGCUGGCGUACAUCCGGCAGGAGAUCAAGAACCCGCUGGACGGCAUCAGUUUGCGCGGUCGUUCAUUGAGCCACGGAGCUCACGGAGGCCCAGAAGCAGCUCGUGGAGACGAGCGCCAUGGGAAUGGCAAGGCGAAGGGGAUCAAGACCCGCUGGCGAAGGGUUGAGUGCGUGUGGGGGGGCGUGCUGGGGACUGUGGGUGUGUGGAAGCAGCUGGUGGACUACCUGGAGCUGGACACAGCAGAGUUCAUGAUGGCGACGGUGAUGAACAGCGUCGUCAGCCAGGGCAUGAUCUCCUCCUCUCGCAAGGGCCUGCAGCUCUUCUGUGACACCCCGCCCGAGUUCAAGACCAUGAACGUGUUCGGCGACCAGGUGCGGCUGCAGCAGGUGCUGGCAGAUUUCCUGCUGAACGCCGUGCAGUUCACCCCAGCCAGUGGGUGGGUGGAGGUCAAGGUUGUGCCCACGCCCACCAAGCUGCCGGGAGGAGUCACUGUUGUGAAGCUGGAAUUCAAGAGGUCCAAGCGGCUCUCACAUCUGUUCUUAACCUUUCCUGCCCCAUUUUCGCCACCUGCUUAUCCCCUCUCCCCUCUGCUUGUCCCUCCUUGUCUCCCGUUCCUCUUCCAGGGAGAAGGCCUUCCAGAGGAUCUGAUCCACCAGAUGUUUGACCGGGCGGACGCACACAGCAAGUCGCAGGAGGGGCUGGGGCUGAGCAUCUGCCGCAAGAUUGUGAAGCUGAUGAACGGCGACGUGCAGUACAUUCGCGAGGCCGGCAAGUCCCACUUUAUGGUUUCGCUUGAGCUGCCUCUUGCUCAACGGGAGGAUGCUGGGAGCGCCAAGUGCUGA